CAAAACAAGAUCAAGUGAUCGAUUUAUCAAUUAUUUCGAGUAACGCUCGCUUACCCACGCUAAUUAUUGUGCGUCUUAAUCGACAAUUGUGUGUAUAGAAAUAUUUACAGAUUUUUAUUAAAAUACGUUUUUUUCAAAACGCCAUUUUUUCUAUAAAUACACAGUUUACCAGAUUAAUAUGCCGAAAAAGGGGAAGAAGCGGUUGACCCAACGAAAGGGGACCUGUAUAAGGGGCCAGCCAACAAGAAGAUCUGUCCCCGAGGAGAUGGCUGAAGAUACAAAUAGUAGUUCUUCUGUGGAAUUGCCUCCUCCUCUUAUUGUGCCUUCUGCAGAGGCAGCAGUAACGGUUCAUGGAGAUAUACCUCACGUGGUUGAAAUACAACAGCAUAUAGUUCAACCAGUAGCUGCUGUACAGGAUAAAAACUCCACAAUAAAUAGAAUGCCAAGUGAUUCUUCCACAGGGGAUUUAGUGAAAACUGCACCUUCUACUUCCUUAGCACCCACCCGUCUGUUAAAACGGAAGUUUUCGAGUGAUUCUGAGGAUGAACCGCCUCAAAUCAUCACUGUAGAAGUUAUGAUUCAUCAGAAUGCCGAUGCUCAUAUCGAACAAAACUUCCCAGGACCUUCAUCACCUAUUGCAGCUUCUACACAUUCUAAUAACACUCCUGUACCAAUUUUAACCCCACCAAUGCCUCAAGAUGUUAUAGAAAUUGAUGUAGAAAAUAUAGGUGAUGGAAUAAUUCCUGAAUUAUCUCCAUCUUUAUUAGAUGACCUCCAAAAUGAAUUUGCUGAUUUACCAUUUAACAAUCGGAGACAAACAGCAAAUCAAAUGGAUGCCGCCAUAGGUGAUAUUCCCACGAGAGAAGACAUUCAACAAGAUAUAGAACGUCUACGGAAUAUCGAAAAUCACUUACCGACAUACCUUCUGGCUAGCGAAAGAAUUGUACCAGGCGGAACUUACAAUUUAGGUCCACUCGAUCAAAUCUGUACUCAUUGUUCUGCUUUCUAUUUUCGUGUAGAAUCCACAGUUCGUGGGCAUUACACAAAAUGCUGUCAACAAGGUAAUGUAAUUUUAGAAAAUUUCCCACCUAUGCCUGAUGUUUUAGAAGCUCUUUUUCAAGGCUUGCAUCCGUCUUCUGCCAACUUCAGAAGACAUAUAUUAUUAUACAAUUAUAGUUUUCAGUUUGUAUCUUUGGAGGCAAACCUAAGAGAUCUCCCUGCAAGAGGUCCGUAUGUGUUUUGUGUCAGAGGAAAAGUGUAUCAUCACAUUUCCAAUGUAAAUAUUAAUGAGCCGUUGCAACGCUACGGACCUAUUUAUUUUCUAGAUCCAGACGAAGCUAUCGAUGCCCGAGCACAAAAUAAUAAUCAAGUCUUAGACAGACGAUUAAUUGUUCUUUUGGAACAAUUGCUAAGAAAUAUAAAUCCUUACGCUAGGGCAUACAUGCAUCUACGAGAACGUUACAAUUUAGAACUACAAACUAUUGAUAGACUUCGAACAGAAGCCGUUCGUAAUAACGUAGUACCUCCCCCUUUACAAAUGCCAAAUGUAACAUUAGAAUUAUUAAAUGUUCGUGGAAUGAACAGAAGGCAAUAUGACUUGCCUAGAGUGGAAGAAGUUGCAGCCGUGUACAAUUUAAUGCCAGAUGCCCCAGCAACUCCUAAUAUGCGUAUUUAUGUACGCGACGAACCCACUAGAUUCCAAAAUGUCUCAGAGGAAAGUGAGCAUAAUGAUCCGUUAGUAUUUCCUCUGCUGUUUCCUCACGGAGAGUCGGGAUGGUACAUAGGAAUUCCCCACAGAAACGGUAAUCGCAAUACAACAUUAUGCGAAUAUUAUGCCUAUCGUUUUGGAAUUAGAAAUAACGAUACCAGACUUAAAUAUGGAGGCAGACUAACGCAACAAUUUGCUGUCGCUGCAUAUAUCAAAAUCGAAAAUAAUCGCCUCAAAUAUAUAUUACGUAACCAAGAGAGGUUAAGAGUGACAGAAUAUGUUGGGUUGGCCGAUUACCUACAUCGUAGGGUCCAAGAAGGCAAUGAGGAUGACGAUGCCGCAACAUUGGGUAGAAUGGUUAUUUUACCAUCAACUUUUGUCGGAUCUCCGCGAUACCAACAACAACUAUUUCAGGACGCCAUGGCAGUUGUUGGACGCUUUGGUAUACCCAGCCUUUUCAUUACGAUGACAACCAAUGCACGAUGGACAGAAAUAGUGGACAAUAUUCCCGCAGGUUAUACUGCGAGCGACCACCCAUCUCUCAUGGAUAGAGUAUUCCAGUGCAAAUUAAAUGAAAUGGUAGAUGACAUGCUGAAAAAGCACAUUUUUGGGAUACACGUAGCUAACCUCUACGUUAUAGAAUUCCAAAAAAGAGGGUUACCCCAUUGUCAUAAUCUACUUAUUCUAAGGGACCAAGAUAAAUUAACAGACCCUCGCAGAAUUGAUGCACUAAUUAGUGCAGAAAUACCAGAUCCGCAAUUAGAACCAGAACUAUAUGAAAUAGUAACCUCUUUCAUGGUACACGGCCCUUGCGGAGAAUUAAACCCAGAGUCGGUUUGUAUGGUGAAUGGCCAAUGUUCUAAAAAAUAUCCUAAAGAAUUUAGUGAAUUUACAGUAAUAUCAGAAAAAGGGCAAGUCAUAUACAAAAGACCAAACAAUGGCAGAACUUUGACGAUUAGAGCUAAUAACAGAAAUUGUAUUUUAGACAAUCGUUGGAUAGUUCCUUAUAAUCCCUAUAUCCUACUAAAGUAUAAAUGCCAUAUUAAUAUAGAGGCUUGCGCUACUACCCAAUGCGUUAAAUACUUAUAUAAAUACCUAUUUAAAGGUGUAGAUCUGGCAUUAGUUCGCAUUAACGUAGAAAAUCAAGCGAAUUAUAAUGAGGUAGAAAACUACUUGAACGCACGGUAUAUGACUCCUCCGGAGGCCUGUUGGCAUAUCAAUCAAUUUGAAACCCAUAAAAAUACCCACACCGUUUAUCGGCUUUGCGUUCAUUUACCUACUAGGCAAAUGGUUCGUUUCCAACCUGGAUUCGAAAUACAAGCAUUAGAAAAUAAUGAAAUUACCCAACUAACGGCAUGGUUUCUGUUAAAUCAGAAUGACCCCGACGCCCGACAAUAUCUGUACACCGACAUUCCAUAUCAUUACGUAUGGAAUAAUAGAACUAAACGGUGGACGCGUCGCCAAAGGGGUGCUAAUAAAAUUGUAACACGAAUGUACUCUGUGAGUAUACGUAAUCAAGAAUUAUAUUAUUUACGUUUGUUGUUGUUACAUGUUCCUGGAGCAAGCUCUUACGAGGAGUUACGUGCACUAAACGGGGUUAUUUACGACACCUUUAAAGAAGCCUGCCAGCACAGAAAUUUAUUGGCAGAUGAC